UUGGGUCAUUUCAAGUUUGACGAGAAACGUAAAUCGCUAUUUCUUCUAUUCCUCCCUAAAAAUCUACCAACGAGAUUCUUCUCGAAAAUUUCCUGCGCCUCUCCGUGUCUGUGAAAUCGAUUCAGGUUAAGGAUGUCGAGAGCUACAUACAUUAUCGGUGCCCUUGCGGGAUCUGCGGUAGUAGCUUACGUGUGUGACAAAGUUAUUUCUGAUGAUAAGCUUUUUGGAGGUACUACACCAGGAACUAUUACUAACAAGGAAUGGGGUGCUGCGACUGAAGAGAGAUUACAAGCAUGGCCAAGAGUUGCUGGUCCUCCCGUCGUCAUGAACCCUAUCAGUCGCCAGAAUUUCAUCGUCAAGUCACGUCCUGAAUAACUUUUGAUGCCUUCUCGUGCAUCGUUCUCAUUCGUUAUGGAUUCAUUUUCGAAUAUCUGCUCUUUUGUGUUUGAUUUGAGGAUCGGCUGAUUGCUCUAGCUGGUUAUAGUAAUAAUUUGUGUUGAUGCGUAACACAUUAUUCGGAUCAAGCUUUUCCCCGAUGCAUAACUUUUGUAAGGUUUGUUGAUUUUGACGAUAAAUGAAAUCGAGCCAAAAAGAAAAACUUCUAAGACAUUAUUGGUUUGUUUGGUUUGGAAUUUUGUUAUCGCUGAUUCUGUAAACAUUUUUAAAACUGUUACUUUUCAUCUCAAGCCUUGGAAUUAAU